AACAUUGCCAGAAACUUCAUCCUCUCUCUCACGCACAUUUCUCCUCUCCUUUUUAAUUUUGUUCCUCUAACUAAACUUUCAAAUUUCAAUGGCCGACUCCACCGAUGCCGCCGCCGCCGCCUCAUCGUCAGCGCCAAAGCCAGAGCCCAAGCGAUCCUGGGGCGACGAAGUGGACGAUGAAGAGGCUGUGGAUUCUAAAUCUGGAGCUGAACUUGAUGUCGAUGGAUUGGCUAUAGAUGAGAACAAGAAGAUCAAUAAGUUCCUUGAUGAACCUGAAGAUUCUAACAUUAAAGCCGUUACACUGGAUAAUACACCUUACACAUCAGCUAGUACAUUUGAAGAUUUGAAUCUGUCACCGGAGCUGUUAAAAGGAUUAUAUGUUGAUAUGAAAUUUCAGAAGCCUAGUAAGAUUCAAGCUAUCAGUUUGCCCAUGAUAUUAACUCCUCCAUACAAAAAUUUGAUUGCACAAGCGCAUAAUGGUUCUGGAAAGACAACUUGUUUCGUGCUUGGUAUGUUGAGCCGUGUUGAUCCAACCCUAAAGGCUCCUCAAGCGCUUUGUAUUUGUCCUACUAGAGAAUUGGCCAUUCAGAAUCUGGAAGUCCUGCAGAAGAUGGGAAAACACACUGGGAUAACUUCUGAAUGUGCUGUGCCAAUGGACAGUACCAAUUACAUUCCAAUUAAUAAGCGGCCACCAGUUACAGCACAAAUAGUGAUUGGCACUCCUGGUACUAUUAAGAGAUGGAUGUCGGCAAAGAAAUUGAGUGUCAGUUGUAUAAAGAUUCUUGUUUUUGAUGAAGCAGAUCACAUGCUGGCUGAGGAUGGCUUCAAAGAUGACUCUUUGAGGAUUAUGAAAGACAUUGAAAGAGGCAAUGCUCAGUGCCAGGUUCUUCUAUUUUCUGCCACAUUUAAUGACACUGUCAAGAAUUUUGUGACGAGAAUUGUUAAAGAUUACAAUCAACUCUUUGUCAAGAAAGAAGAGUUGUCAUUAGAAUCAGUGAAGCAGUACAAAGUGAAAUGUCCUGAUGAACUUUCUAAGGUUAUGGUAAUUAAGGACAGAAUUUUUGAAUUAGGCGAAAACCUGGGGCAAACCAUCAUUUUUGUACGCACAAGACAUAGUGCAAGCACAUUGCACAAGUCUCUUGUGGAACUUGGGUAUGAAGUGACCACAAUUCAGGGUGCUCUUAAGCAAGAAGACAGAGACAAGAUAGUUAAAGAGUUUAAAGAUGGUUUAACUCAAGUUCUUAUAUCAACUGACCUUCUUGCCCGAGGUUUCGAUCAGCAACAGGUUAAUCUUGUCAUAAAUUAUGAUCUCCCAAUGAAACAUAAUACCUUAGAGCCUGACUAUGAGGUCUACCUGCAUAGAAUUGGCCGGGCUGGAAGAUUUGGCCGCAAAGGGGCUGUUUUCAAUUUGUUGAUGGAUGAUCGGGAUCAUAUGCUGAUGGAAAAAAUUGAGCGACACUUUGGUGCCCAUAUAUUUGAGGUGCCAUCAUGGAAUAGCGUUGAUGACUUUAAGGCGGCUCUGAAGGAAGCUGGUUUGCUGUGAACGCGCCUGCUGUACCAGUUUAUCAACGGAGGCUGAGAAACAAGGAUCAACACCUGUAAAUUUUAGUGGUCUGAGUAAUGCAAAGCAUGAAUGGGUUUUGGUUUGGUAAUAUGAAUACUUAUGAAAUCAAUGUCUUCGUCAGUUAUUAGAGGUUUAACGAUGUUUUGUGAUUAUUAUUAAUUAAAUUUCCUCUUAUAACCUUUUUAUUGAGUUGAAUUUGUAUUGUAUUUGGAAAAAUUUCAGGGUCAUUAAUCUCUAUUACUAUUCAUAUACUGAACCAAGGCGAUUGUUGCCUAUUUAUCUCUAUUCAUGUACCAAUUAAGACAAUUGUAGAUUGAUAAUAAUGAUAUAUUAUAGAUUAUCAUCUCAA